UGGACAACCGUCGUCUUGCGUCGGCGCCGACUCGCUCCAAAAAAAGCCAGUUAAAUUCGUGGGUGCAUUGUUGUCUUGCGCGUCUGCGGAAUCCUCAACGUCCGAGAACAAUUCAAAACUCCCCGGAGUUCAUCUCGUCCUCAAAUGUAUGAGAUUGAAAAGUCAAUCAAUUGAAUUCACCUGAGCUUAUGUGCAUGAUACUUGUUUGUGGUAGGUGAACGGUCGGAGACCGUCGCGUCGUUUGAGGAAAAAGAAAGAGAAGCCGUCGGGCGGUUCCCCUCGUGUCGUGCAACAAGUGUCAAACGUUGAAAAUUAAUUUCGCGAGUUUUUAAAGUUAGUGAUUUAAUUGGAUAUCCAAUUGUUGGGUGUGAAGGUGCCUUUUUCGGGCGUAAUUGACGUGGGAUGGGGUGCGCCGUGAGUAACACCGGUGAAAAGGCGGCUGCCGAGAGGUCAAAAAAAAUCGACAAGGACCUCAGAGCCGAUGGAGAACGUGCAGCAAGUCAAGUCAAACUUUUACUCCUUGGGGCUGGAGAGUCUGGCAAAUCGACGAUAGUCAAGCAAAUGAAAAUUAUUCAUGAGACUGGGUACAGUCGGGAGGAGUGUGAACAGUAUAAACCAGUUGUUUACAGUAAUACCAUUCAGAGUUUAAUGGCUAUUAUCAGAGCUAUGGGACAGCUGAGAAUUGAUUUCGCUGAUCCAAAUAAAGCGGAAAUAGCCCGACAGUUUUUUACCCUAGCAUCCGCGGCUGAGGAGGGAGAAUUAACUGGUGAACUAGUAUUAUUAAUGAAGAGAUUAUGGCAAGAUGCAGGAGUGCAACUUUGUUUUACACGCAGUAGAGAGUAUCAGCUCAAUGAUUCGGCAGCAUAUUAUCUCAAUGCUCUUGAUCGUAUAUCCCAGGCAAAUUACAUUCCAACGCAGCAGGAUGUGCUGAGAACGAGGGUCAAAACAACGGGUAUUGUGGAGACUUACUUCUCGUUCAAAGGAUUACACUUCAAAAUGUUUGAUGUUGGUGGACAGAGAUCUGAGCGAAAAAAAUGGAUUCACUGUUUCGAGGGAGUAACUGCCAUCAUCUUCUGUGUAGCCUUGAGUGGUUAUGACCUAGUUCUUGCCGAGGACGAGGAGAUGAAUCGAAUGAUUGAGUCAAUGAAGCUAUUCGAUUCUAUCUGCAACAGCAAGUGGUUCGUCGACACCUCGAUAAUUCUUUUUCUCAACAAAAAAGAUCUGUUUGAGGAGAAAAUAGCGAGGAGUCCGUUAACCAUAUGCUUCCCCGAGUACAAGGGUAGUAAUGCAUUCGAGGAUUGCGCCGGUUAUAUUCAGAUGAAGUUUGAGAAUCUCAACAAGAGGAAGGAUCAGAAGCAGAUUUACACGCACUUCACCUGCGCCACUGACACAUCAAAUAUUCAAUUCGUAUUCGACGCUGUGACUGAUGUUAUUAUUAAGAACAAUUUGAACAACUGCGGGCUGCUAAGCUGAAUCUAUUGAUUAAGUAUUUGCGUCAAUUCAAAAUUUAUUCACCUUCGCAAAAACGAAAAUAUUCCUUAGAAAUUGAAAAAUGAACAUUCAGAGAUUUUUUUCACUCUGUGUGAAAACUAUAGUUAGUUCUGAAAAUUGAGUCAAAUCAUGGCUUUUCCAUUAGAUGGUAUUAUUUAUGACGUCUGAUAUUUUCUAUUUAGACUAUAAUCAUUUAAUUAAUCAUUAGUGACGCGGCUCCAUCUUUUUGUAUAUAAUUACAAGACUAGUUUUUCAUGAAUGUAUCUAGUAAGAACAACGGCAAUAAUCACGUGUUUAAGAUUACGAUUUCAUAACUUUUGUAAUGAAUUUACCAUGACUCCGAUCUUUUCUAUGAGAUUCUUUUGCAAAUUUUUUGAAUGUAUUAUCACUAGUUCAGUUAUGAGUAUGAGUUGUUCAGUACAGGUGAAAACAUUUCUAUGUUUUUUAUAACAUAUAAUUUCUCAUGUUUCUGACACUUCACGCAAUUAAAGCGUAGACUUAGCAAUUUUUUAAAAACAUUUUCAUCACACCACACAUUUAUCAAUAAAGAAAAUUUAUAAUGAAA